AGAUUCCGUAUAUACAUUCCGAGCAGGUCUUUCUCCUUCAAUGAAAAAAUGGACGGCGAGUCGUCUGGACUGCACCGUGAGCGCUGCCAAACUAGCUUCAAGCGGGAGCGCUCGCACUCUCUUUACACCGAGAAGCGGACCCUCGGCCCCUCCUUUCCGCCGCCAGGCAGCGCGUUUCCCGCCCACGACGGCGUCGACGACGGCUCCGUGAAUGAGCGAGUGGAAUCGCAGGAAAGCACACCGACGCACUCUCCCCGCACCGUCCUGUUUGAGCUCAUCCCUCUCUCCGCCUCUCCUGCAACCGCCUCUUCAGAAAAAAAGAAGUUUGGCAUCGAGGGGAUUCGCAUUGGUCGAGACCCAAGCUGUUCCGAUUUUGUGUUGAACUCCGCGGCUGUCUCGCGGCUGCACUGCGUGCUCUCCGUGUUGGGCGAUGAAGUCUUCGUGCACGAUAACAGCUUUAACGGCACCUUCAUCAAUGGGAAACGAGUGGGACGCGGGCGGUGCUCGGUGCUGCACCCACGCGACACGAUCUCGUUCAUGAACCCAACGUGCGCCGGCGCCGCCCUCUACUCCUUCGAGUUCGCACCGCUGCCUGGCCAGACGUCGCCGCUAUUCCCGGCGAUCGAGGGGAUGCAGCGGUACGAGUUGGGUCCUGUGGUCGGUCAGGGCAGUUUCGCGGCGGUGCGCCUCGCUACCGAUCGAGAGACGGGCGAGGCGGUCGCCGUGAAGCUCAUUGAGCGGCGGCGGUUGUGCUCCGAGGCAGCCGCGGCGUCGCUCCACACGGAAAUUGAGAUGAUGCGUGGCAUGGACCACCCGAACAUUGUGAAGGUGCUGGACGCCUUCGAGGGCGGCGGCUGUGUGGCGCUCGUGAUGGAGUACGUGCGCGGCGGUGACCUCUUUGACUACGUCGUGGGACGCGGACGCAACCCCUUCACCGAGGCGGAGGCGCGGCACCUGUUCGUGCAGCUUCUGGAGGCGCUUCUAUACAUUCACCGCCGCAACAUCGUCCACUGCGACGUGAAGCCGGAGAACGUGCUCGUGGACUACGCGGGCAAGGAGACGGCGUGGCGGCUCGCCGCUCCUGCGUCAGGGUCGGCAAGCACGUCGAACCGCACAGCGGGGCUGUCUGACCCGGACACGCGUGCGGGUGCGGCGCUGUCUGCGCUGGAGGACCACCAGAGCGAGGCGACGGCGCUCUCGCCCUUCGAGGUGCAGUUGAAGCUGACCGACUUCGGCGUCGCGAAGUACGCCGGAGGGGCUGGCGAGGACGCCGAAGAGACAGCGGAAGAGGGGGGCGGGCUGGGCGGCACACCAGUCUACGCUGCGCCGGAGCUCGCCUACUACCCUCAACCGGAUGUGCAGGUGGAGGAGGAGGAGGGGGACGGGCCCCGUCGCGCUCUUGCACCGCCGCCGCCGGUGAAGGUCACGUCCGCCGUGGACGUCUGGUCGCUGGGGGUGCUGCUGUACAUUCUGUGCUCCGGCACGGUGCCGAAGCCCCCGCCGCUCGGUGCCUCCGUCGUGCUGCAUCGAUGCAUGCAGCACCUCUCUGCGUCGUGCACGGACUUGAUAUCGCGCAUGAUGGUGACUGACCCGGCGGGGCGCGCCACGCUGGCGGAGGUCUGCCUCCACCCGUGGUUGAGCGGCAUCGAGCUGCGCGGUGGCGUGCGGGGCAGCGACGACGACAAGGACAUGUUGUCCGCCACCGCGAUGGUGUCGCCGCGCUUUUUCCGACCGGUGAAGUCAACACCGGCGGCGGCACGCGCGAAGCGAGCAACCUGCUUGACGGCGGAGAAGAACGCAGCGGAGGAGGAUCAACACCUGCCCGGGUCACCGUCGACACCGACGAUCGCGUAA